GAUUCCCCCCGGGCCCGGACUUUUUCAGGGGGUCCGGAAAUUCGAAGGUUUAAAAGCGUUUCUUAUUCUUGAUAAUGAAAUCAUUACUUGGGACUGUUUUUGUUUUGCUCGUUCAAUCUGGAGAUGAAGUGAAGUCUUGUUUUUUUUGCUUACUAAGCGAACGGGGCCUGAUUGCAAUUCAAUGCAAAAAAUUCCAAUUUCUGGAGUGAGUCUUAAUCAAUGGUAACUUGCGGGGGUGCAAAUUCUUUUGAAUCAGUCAUUACAUUCUUCCAGCUUAUAUUACUUGUGAGUUGGAUGUUAAAAUACUCACUCUGGUCAUGCGAGGCUUCUAUUUCCGUUAGCGGACGCGGGAGGGGAGCUCACCAAGGCUUCUCAGAAACUGCAGAAUCUGCCCAUUGUCAGCGAUCCUAAUUUUAUCUGUCCUUUUUGGAUUUACGAGGUGAAGCUUUUUUCAAACCGUCGACGUCACCGAUAACAAGGUUCGAAAUUUUCUAAACUAGUCUCAAAACAAUUUCAACUUGUAGAUACUGUUAGUUAAUGCCCAGACAAACUGGCUACGGUCUCGGAGCCACUGGAAGGAGUAGUCAAAAAAACUUCAAAAUGUAACUUACAUGGAUUUUCCAUAUAAUCGCUAACGUUAACGACGACGUCAUCAUCGGUUAUCCAACACAGAAAAAUGAUAAUUUUAUAAUUUUUCGAACAUGCCUAAUUGAGCCGAGUUUUCGUACUGGAAAAUAUGAGAAUAACAUAUAGAAAAGCUGUUUUUAGUUUAUCGUUUCUAUUAUUUAAAUAUUCGCAGUAGCUCUGUGCAUUUUAGGGAAACAGUCAUAGCUGCUUAACGCAAAAGCAGUUUUCUUCGCUUCGUUUUCUAAAGUUUUUUUAGUACUCUAUUUGGUACAGUUUUCUAAAUAACUUUGUGUUUUGUAAAUGCCUUACUCUGUACUAUACGGGGCCGGGUGUCAAUUGAAAAUUUCAAAAAUAGCUACAUAACAUUUUUCUGCCAUAAUCUUGAACUUCUUCAUUCGUUUAUGGAUUUAUAUAUUUAUGCAAUCGCUGUGAAAACCAACUUUUGAAUCGAGGUCCGGAAAGCCGAAAUUCUGGCUCCGAAAGUACCGGAAAUAGUUGUCGAAAUCUGCAAAACUUUUACUAACUUACAUUAUAAUAAAAGUUUUUAUUAUCCAAUGUAAGAUUCCUGUAUUUGAUCCGAAUCCGAUUUCCGGUUCCGAAAUUCCCUGGUAAUAAAAAUCUAAAAUAUCAAACCGUCGCUUAGAACAGCGAAGUAAAAUAAAGUAAAUAUUGUAAUAAAUUGCGCUUUAAACUAUUGUACUUAGUAGGACUCUGGUAUCGGAAGUACUGGAAAUAGUGGUCAUAAUCUGGAAAAUAGAACUCAGUUCAUUUUCCCAAAAAUGUCCCGAUCGGCUCUGCGAACGUCUCGCAAUUGAUUCAAUACUGAACUGAAUUUUUGUUACUGGAACUGGACCGGAACCAACCAGAAUGAUACACUUGCUUUACUUUCUGCUCAUUCAACUGCAAGCUGCAACUGUCAAUAUAUUAAGUGUUAAUCUUUUAUGCCUACCCAGGUACGAGAGAGGCGUCAUGAGAUUUCUUCUUUGAUACUCGUUGAUACCAAACAUUUCAGAAAACAUUACUUUUGAAUUAUUUGUAAUUAUAUCAUAAAUUAAUGAUCAUGUUUCCGAUGGCAUCUAGCCAAAAUUAUGUAUAUACAGCAAGAGAUACUCACGAUCAAAAACUUAUCACUCUCCCAGAUGUUAAUGGCGUCCCAUAAUAAAUUAAAUCGUAUUCAUGACAAAAUGAUGUGGCAAGGUUCCCCUGUUCGAGGCGCAUCAAAGGUAAAACUACGAUCAUAGGAACUAAAAGCACAGAUUUACACAAUGAAUACUACCGAACGUUACUUACCAUUUCAUUACAGUUGAUAGCAAUUAUUGUUCCGAAGGAGAUAUUUUUUUCAUUUUCGUCUAUCUCUACACAGCAAAACAGGCAUGACAUUUACAGAUGACGCAAAUCCAGAUAUGACACAAUUCAUAAAAACGUAAUUCGUUAAACGAUUGAAUUUUACAAAAAUGAUAUACAUAUACGUCAAACAUACCCCGUCUUUCAGGCAAACGUGUAAAUUUACAUGUUUUAGCUUUUAAAAAUAUGUCAGAAUGCAUUGAAUAUAAGUUAGAUAUACUGUAAAACUGAGUAAUUUUUGACGCUCAUAUAUGUCGGUCUCAUAAGACGUAAAUUUACACGAAUUUUUCUAGGUGUGCAUAUAAGUUUUGUCGUUGCGAAGAGAGAAUAAAUUGAAUGAAAGUUGUUAUAUACAAUGAUAACAUUCUUUUUAUGUUUAUUAGAAUUAAUUAGUUAUUUUUGGUCUUUCUAUUGGGAUGGAUGACAAAUGUACAUCGUGUUUUACAAUAGCAUUGCUAAUGCAGAAAUCAGUCUAUGCAUUUCUACAACUGAACAUUUUACUUUUUGCGGGUUUAUAUCAGCAUCAGAGUAGCAUACAGGCCUGAUAGGUCUUUAAUGGCAAUUCUUCAUCUGUAUAUAAUGCCAAUAUACGACAUCGUUUUGAUGCAUAUUAUUUACUUGUACACGUGUAGAAGUUUUGGAAUUUCGGGUGAUAUUACUUUUGAUUUUACCUUUCAGUUUUCCUGCGUGCUCCCGAUUAGUAAUUGUUUUCCAACGUCCACCGGUUCUAGAGGCUGUACUUUUGAAAUGGUUGAAUAACUGAUUUGCCACAUUUUCCCCAAAUCAUGUCAUGGAAUUUCUGUGAGAGUGUACAAACUUGCUUCACGCAUCUUCGCUCGACUCGUUUGUUUAUUAGUAUGCAUUUGUAAAGCUUUUUUCUUUUCCGAUUGUUUGAAAGCAGAACUGCAUUUAAAUUAAAAGUAUCAUUAAAAUGUUUUUAAAUUAAAGAACCCAUUCCUACAAUUAGUUCAAGGAAAUUGAUUCCUCCUAGUUCACGCGAUGUAUCAGAUUAAUUACGAUCAUGAACCUAGGUGACCACAUCAAUCAUAUGAUGUACUGCCAAUAGUACUACUAUGAAAUCCAGCUUGUAAACAAAGUCCAGUUUCAAAAGCUACCUAUUAAUCAACAUAGCCCUUAUUAAUCAACAUAAUUCGUAGUUUAUUGUGGCACUAAUAAGUGUAACAUAGUUGGAAAAUACGCAAAGAUAAAGAAACCCAUCGUUUGACUUUCUAGUGAACCGGUUCCUUGGUGGUAUUGGUACAUGAAACGCGAAAAAACCCAAACGCUGAAGAAUCCGGCUAAUCAAACUGACCGCUAUGUACUGUGCUUUGUGUUUUUCGCUUUAGGUCAGAAUGAAUUGUACUACUGUGAACGAGCUACCAUCGAAAACUUAGUACACAGUAAAGCGACAAACACCACACACACGCGGUCGAUUUAGAUUUAAAUAAAUUAUCAGUAUUGUUUUGAGAAUUUGCUAUUAACGGUUAUUCCUUGCUGUAGUUACACUCUAAAUAAUGUUUCACGGACAAUGGGUAAUCUCCGCUUAGGGAUAAUUUUGGCAAUCUGUCUGGCUUUGAUACAUGCUCAGGAAGAGGUUAUCAAAUGUCCUGGAGGGGAAUGCGUCAAGCUGCAUCUUUGCAGAGAUGGUGAAAUUGUAACGGAUGGCUCAAAUCUGAUCGAUAUCAGAUUCAACCCUGACGAUCCCUGUGAACACUAUCUACUGAAAUGUUGUAAAGUCCCAGGUGAAGAAGAUGAGGAGCUUGUCGAACCUCCAUCGUCUGGUGGACAAGAAGUUGUGCAACCUCCAUCAAGCCAUGGGGAAAUAAUUCCUGUUCCUCCGUCCACCCACGGAAACCUUAAUAGCGGUGACUUCGGAAGUGGUGGUACCGGAAGUGGUAUAAUCGGUAAUGGAGGACUAGGCAGCAGCUCAGUUGGUGGCGGAGGACAACAAGGUGGAUCAACAGGAGCACUAGGAGGUGGAUCUACUGGUGACGGAGGAUUCGGAAGUGGUGGUUCACCAGGAGGUGCCGGGGGUGGUGGUGGAGAACUUGGUGGAUCAACAGGAGGACUUGGUGGAUCGACAGGAGGACUUGGUGGAUCGACAGGAGGACUUGGUGUUGGAAGCAGUCAAAUCGGUGGUGGAGGACUAGGAGGUAGCGGAGCAGACGUCCCACCUCAUGGCCCACAAGUAGGAGUUGGUGGAGGUAAUUGUCAUGGUCAAGGAGCAAUAAAUGGUGGAGGUUCAGGUUUUGGUAGCGGAUCAAACGUAGCAAUGUGGCAGGAACUGUCUCAAAUAAGUCAUUCUCAAAUGUUAAAUUGGCAGAUGGGACAGUUCCCUCCUCAAAUGGGUGGUUUGUUUAAUAAUUUGGCCAGUAGUGGUGGACAGCCAGGUUUAGUUCCUGGAGGUUUUGGCGGUGUUGCAAGCGGAUCUGCAUCAAGUGCAUUCUCCCAAUCUUCAAGUCAGUCUAUGGGGUACUAUGAGAGUGGCUCGAUUUCUAGUGCUUCUUCUGGAAGUUUUUCCAGUGGUCAAAAUAUUGGACAAUCUGGAGGGUCUCAAAGCGGUUCUAGUGCGGGAAGCUCUUCGAUCACAUCAGGAGGUUCAAGCGGAUCGGGUGCAACUGCGACCUCUCAAUCAUUGACCCAAUCUAUGAAGCAGCAAGGAAGUGGUUCAGUUUCUGGUGCCUCAUCUGGAAGUUUUUCAAGCAAUCAAAAUAUUGGGCAAUCUGUAGGGUCUCAAAGCGGCGCGAGUGCGGGAAGCUCUUCGAUCACAUCAGGAGGUUCAAGCGGAGUUACAAGCGGAUCGGGUGCAACUGCGACCUCUCAAUCAUUGACCCAAUCUAUGGGGCAGCAAGGAAGUGGUUCAGUUUCUGGUGCCUCAUCUGGAAGUUUUUCAAGCAAUCAAAAUAUUGGGCAAUCUGGGGGGUCUCAAAGCGGCGCGAGUGCGGGAAGCUCUUCGAUCACAUCAGGAGGUUCAAGCGGAGUUACAAGCGGAUCGGGUGCAUCUGCAACCUCUCAAUCACUGACCCAAUCUAUGGGGCAGCAAGGAAGUGGUUCAGUUUCUGGUGCCUCAUCUGGAAGUUUUUCAAGCAAUCAAAAUAUUGGGCAAUCUGGAGGGUCUCAAAGCGGCGCGAGUGCGGGAAGCUCUUCGAUCACAUCAGGAGGUUCAAGCGGAGUUACAAGCGGAUCGGGUGCAACUGCGACCUCUCAAUCAUUGACCCAAUCUAUGGGGCAGCAAGGAAGUGGUUCAGUUUCUGGUGCCUCAUCUGGAAGUUUUUCAAGCAAUCAAAAUAUUGGGCAAUCUGGAGGGUCUCAAAGCGGCGCGAGUGCGGGAAGCUCUUCGAUCACAUCAGGAGGUUCAAGCGGAGUUACAAGCGGAUCGGGAGCAACCGCGACCUCUCAAUCAUUGACCCAAUCUAUGGGACAGCAAGGAAGUGGUUCAGUUUCUGGAGCCUCAUCCGGAAGUUUUUCCAGUGGUCAGAACAUUGGACAGUCUGGAGGAUCCCAAAGUGGCGCUAGUGCGGGAAGUUCUUCUAUUACAUCAGGAGGGUCUAGUGGAGUGACAAGUGGAUCGGGAGCAAUCGCGACGUCUCAAUCAUUAUCCAGUGGUCAAAACAUAGGGCAAAGCGGUGCUAGUGCGGGAGGCUCUUCUAUCACAUCUGAAGGAAUGCAUGCACCUUCCGAUACUUCAUCUGUUAGUCCACCACAAGGGGAUCAUCUUGGUAAACAAACUUUGGAUCAUUCCGGAAGUUCCUUGAGCUCUCCUUCAAAAGGACAAAGAACAGUGGACUCUAGUACUGGACAGGUAGUUGGGGGAACAUCAUCAUUACAGGGAGGGAUUCCUGGAAGCACUAAAGGCUCUUCUGUUGGAAGUCAAAUAACACAUUCCGACACAAAAAAUGGAAGUAAAAACCCUUCCACUGAAGAACUAAAAAGUGCGAAUUUGAUUGCAGAAAAAGGACAGAUAAGUGCUAAUAUUCCUGCUAUGCCAGGAUCUGCAAACACUGGACAUACAUCGAUACAACCAAAUAAAGCGCAAGGAACACAUGUUGAAGGCGGACCUGCAAAAGAUGUGGCGACAGAAGUCGUCAAAGAUCAACUCACUGGUUUUGGGGGUAGUAACACUGAACUUCAAUCAAGUGAUAAUUUCAAUGGUAGCAAGCAAAGCAGUGGUUUAAUCGAUAAAUUGACGGAAGGCUCUAGAGAUACAUCAAAUAUUUCUACAGCUGAUGGGCAAGGUAAGACAGGGUCCUAUGUAGGUGGUCAAAUAUCUGGACAGCUCGGGGCAGGUGGAGCUGUAACACCGUCAAGAAAGCCCGGUGUUGGAGGAUCGAAGGAUUUGGUAUCAGGUUAUGGCUCUGGAGGUUCUGUAUCAGGUCAAACUAAGGCUAGUUCUUCAGGACAGCACAUUUCUGGUAGCGUAGAUAAUAUUUCAUCACAGCAAACGGUCCACGGAACUGGUCCAACAACAUCUAUCACCAAAGAACAAACCACUAGUACUGCAGAAGGUUCAAUUGUUAAACAAAAAGAUUUUACUGCAAGUGGAAUAAAGGGAGAACAUCAAAAAUCUACAGGUGGUUCGUAUGGAGGACACUAUACAGAGAAACAUUCUGGUAAAUACUCGCAUGGCGUUCAUAAAGGUAGCUCACACGAUGUUACUGCAAACCCACUUGUUCCAUCUCAAGAAAACUUGGGUUGCGGGAUUCGUCAUGCCGAUGGAGUUGGUUUCCGUAUCACUGGAAACAAUGAUGGAGAAUCUGAGUACGGAGAAUUCCCAUGGAUGGUGGCCAUUUUGAAGGAAGAAAAAGCUUUAGAUCAGGUCAUCAACGUUUACCAAUGCGGCGGAUCACUUAUCCAUCCUCAAGUUGUACUAACUGCGGCCCAUUGUGUGCAGAAUAAGCAGCCCAAUGAGAUUAAAAUUCGACUGGGAGAAUGGGAUACUCAAACUACAAAUGAAAUCUAUGAUCAUCAGGAUCGCAAUGUUGUCGAGAUAGUUGUGCACGAUAAAUUCUACAAGGGAGGUCUGUUCAAUGACGUAGCCCUGCUGUUCCUUAUUAAACCGGCGGAAAUUAUUGACACCGUGAACACAGCGUGUUUACCUCCCCAGGAUUACAACUUUGAUUUGAAUCGCUGUUUUGCCUCUGGUUGGGGUAAGGAUGUGUUUGGCAAAGAAGGAAAAUAUCAAGUGAUUCUGAAGAAAAUAGAAUUACCCGUCAUGCCGUUCGCCAAGUGCCAGGAAGCGCUACGUACAACGCGACUUGGUAGAAGAUUUAUCCUGAACAAAAGCUUUAUUUGCGCGGGUGGAGAACCAGGAAAAGAUACAUGUAAAGGUGAUGGAGGAUCUCCUUUAGUUUGCCCCAUUCCAGGAACAACCAACCGUUACUACCAGGCUGGUAUUGUUGCCUGGGGCAUUGGAUGCGGCGAAACUGGCAUCCCUGGUGUGUAUGUGAAUGUAGCAGGAUUUAGAAAAUGGAUCGAUGAACAUUUGACACAGCGCAGCAUUCCACAUGAUUACUAUAUUUACGUUUAGGAAAAACAAUUUUGCACAAAUUAAAUUGUCUGUUUAGGAAAAACAAUUUUGCACAAAUAAAUUGUCUGAAAAGAAGGGAGUUUUGCCGAAA